CUGCCAUGAUCACCUAGCACCGGGCGUGCUGGCGAAGCUCCCUGCAACUCCUCAUGGAGGGUGACUUGGGAGCCCCCAACGCCAGCGUGCUGGGGGAGCGCUCGCUGCUGGUGGGGAGCAGCUGGGUGGCUGCUUUCCUCUGCUUCAUCAUCCUGCUGACCGCGGCGGGGAACUUCCUCCUCAUCCUCCUCAUCGUCACCCAGCGCUCCCUCCGCAACACCUCCAACUACUUCCUGGUGUCGCUCUUCAUGUCCGACCUGAUGGUGGGGCUGGUGGUGAUGCCCCCGGCCAUGCUGAACCAGCUCUACGGGCGCUGGGUGCUGCGCAGUGACUUCUGCUCGCUCUGGUACUCCUUCGAUGUCAUGUGCUGCAGCGCCUCCAUCCUCAACCUCUGCAUCAUCAGCCUGGACCGGUACCUGCUCAUCAUCUCCCCGCUCAAGUACAAGCUGCGCAUGACCUCCUGCAGGGCCCUCUGGCUCAUCCUGGCUACCUGGACCUUGGCCGCGCUGGCCUCCUUCCUGCCCAUCAAGAUGGGGUGGCACGAGCUGGACUUCGAGGUCCGGUCCCCAAACGUCACCUCCCGCGGGGAUGAGGACCAGUGCCGGCUGCUGGUCAGCCUGCCCUACGCCCUGGUGGCCUCCUGCCUGACCUUCUUCCUCCCCUCCACCGCCAUCUCCUUCACCUACUGCCGCAUCCUCCUGGCGGCCCGCAAGCAGGCCGUGCAGGUGGCCUCCCUCGCCUCCAACGUGGCCACCGCCACCGCCGAGGAGGCCACGGCACAGGCUCCCCGCGCCCCGAGCCAGCCCGCGGCCGGCAGCGAGAGCAGGAGGUUCACCAGCAAGCACAGCAAGAAGGCGCUGAAGGCCAGCCUGACGCUGGGCAUCCUCCUGGGCAUGUUCUUCGUGGCCUGGCUGCCCUUCUUCGUCACCAACGUGACGCAGGCAGUGUGUGGCUGCGUUCCAGCCGGCUUCUUCGACGUCCUCACCUGGCUCGGGUACUGCAACAGCACCAUGAACCCCAUCAUCUACCCGCUCUUCAUGAGGGACUUCAAGAGGGCCAUGGGCAAGUACCUGCCGUGCUGCCGGCGCCCCGGGGAGCCGCGGCCCAGCGCCAUCUCCCUCUCCAUGAGGAACUCCAACAGCGGGGCCCGCGCCGCCACGUCCCUCAGGAACGUGCUCACGCUGCAGGCUGACACCGACUCGGGGGUGCUGGGCAACGAGCACAGCCUGCUCCCGGCCCCCAUGGGCAGCCUCGGCGCGGAGCCCCCCGACACGGAGCUGCAGCCCCGGCAGCUCAGCACCCCCCUGGCCUGAGAGGGGGUCCCGGAGCUCCGAGUGCUGGGAAGGAUCCGUGCCGAGCCCCGUUUCACCGCCCAACGGACCUGCCUUGUUCUCCUCUCCUCCCAUCCUGCCUCUGCUCGCCGUCACCAAGCGCUUGUCCCUCUCCAAGAGAUGCUCCUUGGGGCCUUUUCUGGUCACUUGGAACCUUGGGCACCACAUCUUCCACAGCCAACAUCUCCCCGGAGUUAAACCAAGGCCUGGCUUUCAUCUCCCACUCCCACAGCUCGGUGGGUCACCAAAUGCACUGAGAGCAAUGGGGGAAACAGCGUCCCAUGACCCACGGGCAAGAGG